AUGUAUGGCAAACAGCCGAGGCUGCAACUUCCUCAGAUCUUUUCAGGAGCGCAGCCUCCAGCGAAUUUCUGCAAGCAGAUAAUCCAGAGCUCGUUUUCCGAGAAGGACCUACAGGAUACACACACAUCGCCAUCGCGCAACGGGCUUGUGUAUGCGGCUUACCACGCAUACAGUCAUCAUCACCAUCUAACAAUCUGCCCUGAGGAUGUCUGGUUCUCGGUCCUCUCACAGCUGAACUUCUACAUCAAUGCGCACGCAGAAGAACUGCGCGACUAUUUCAUUGCACACAAAGCGCAGAAGAAGCUCACGGUCUAUACUAUCGGUACCAUUCACACUGUCGACUUCGGUCUGCUCGCAAGAUACAUGACCAAAGAGAUCCAAAACAAUGCCAAGGACCCCGAUCUGCAGGAGUGGAUCAUGCCUGACUUCACCACUACCACGGACAGUGACCGAGCGGUGGCUGCGGUACUGAUGAUGGGUGCAAUGCAAAAGUACUUCUCGUGUGAAAUGGCACCGUUGUGCGGCAUACCAUCUGUAACUCUGUUGGGCGAGCGAGCAGACUGGGAGAAGAUACAUAACAGGCUGAACAAAUUGUCCAAGUUUGGCGAUGAGCUCACCAAACUGACUCUGGUAAUGAGCAUGCCGGCUACCGAAACCCAGACCAAAAGCCGCCGUAGGGAACGGAAGGAGCAGGGCUGGACUCACUGCAGCCGGCUACCGGAUGGAUCAUGUAUGAGGUCAAGGAGUGAUCGAUGGAGCCCUCCUGGUCCUUCCCAAAGUCCAUUCCUAUUCGUCCUGAUUGAAAGUCGACCUCCAUAG